CGGCGUGAAGGGCCGGGCCGGCCUGGCUGGAGUGCGGGUCGUCUCUGCGUGCGCUCCCAGGCUAGGUUCCAGCUGCCGGUUGACCCGCGCUCCGCCCCGCAGCCGGGCCGGUUUGUACCCUUGGCACAUCUCUUAAGCUGGUAUCUUAUCCUGUUUGCUGAGAGCUGCCGUGUGCCAGGCACUGGGGAUAGCAGUGGACAUGGCAGCAGGGACCCUGGUAGCUAAUGUCAAAAGAAAGUGACUCUCUGCGGACCAGCCCUUCUGUGGCCUCUCUCUCUGAAAAUGAGCUGCCACCACCACCUGAGCCUCCCAGCUACGUGUGCUCACUGACUGAGGACCUGGUCACCAAAGCCCGGGAAGAACUGCAGGAGAAGCCAGAGUGGCGGCUCCGGGAUGUGCAGGCCCUCCGUGACAUGGUACGGAAGGAGUACCCCAACCUGAGCACCUCCCUCGAUGACGCCUUCCUGCUGCGCUUUCUGCGCGCCCGCAAGUUUGAUUACGACCGGGCCCUGCAGCUGCUGGUCAACUACCACAGCUGCAGAAGAAGCUGGCCCGAAGUCUUCAGUAACCUGAGGCCAUCGGCCCUGAAAGAUGUCUUCAGCUCCGGAUUCCUCACCGUGCUGCCCCACACGGACCCCAGGGGCUGCCAUGUCCUCUGCAUCCGCCCAGACAGAUGGAUACCAAGCAACUAUCCAAUUACCGAAAACAUCCGAGCCAUAUAUUUGACUUUAGAAAAACUCAUUCAGUCUGAAGAAACCCAGGUGAAUGGAAUUGUAAUUCUUGCUGACUACAAAGGAGUGAGCUUAUCAAAAGCAUCUCAUUUCGGCCCUUUUAUAGCCAAAAAGGUGAUUGGCAUCCUUCAGGAUGGUUUUCCCAUUCGGAUAAAAGCAGUCCACAUAGUAAAUGAACCUCGAAUAUUUAAAGGCAUUUUUGCCAUCAUAAAACCAUUUCUGAAGGAGAAAAUAGCAAACAGAUUCUUCCUCCAUGGGUCUGACCUGAACUCUCUCCAUACAAACCUCCCCAGAAACAUUCUCCCCAAGGAAUACGGGGGCACAGCUGGAGAGCUGGACACCGCCACCUGGAGUGCGGUGCUCCUGGCCUCCGAGGAAGACUUUGUGAGAGAGUUCUGCCAACCUCUGCCCGCCUGCAACAGCAUCCUGGGCCAUGCGCAGCUGCCUGAGGGGCUGGCUUCUGAUGCACAGUGUGAUGACUCUAUGCGAGCUGUGAAGUCCCAGCUGUAUUCCUGCUAUUAGCCAGCCCCUGGGGUGUCACCAGGCUUAAAUCCUUUCCUUUUGUCUUUAAAAACUCAAAAGAACUUGAGUGCCAAGGACUCAGUCUUGCUCCUUGUAAUGAAACGGUAGCAUAGAGGAAUGGCCCAAGGAGCUUGUUGGGCCAGGCCGCCUCGGGGAAGCCUUUGGUCACUUGAAUUAUUCCCAGGAUAUAUGGAAAAUAUUCCCAAUGAGAUUCCCGAACAUUUGCACUUGCCCUUUGCAACUAUUAAGCUGUGUCUGGUUCUUACUCAACUCAGAAGCAAGGAAAAUCAGCACCAAAGUUGCUUUGAUCCCACUUUCCUGGAGAAACCCUGAUUGGCCAGUCAGCUACUCUUCUGAAACAGUUUGGGCAGACCUGUAAGGUGGACAGAUGUGUGGCUUGGGGUGGUGGUGGGGGGCAGCUUUGUCUUUCACAAGAACCUUAACUGUUUAGCUCUGUUGCUCAUCAGGAAUCUUCAAGCCGGAGGUCUGGCCCCAGUUGCCAUCGCCUUAGCUGACAGUGGAAGUACCAGGACCCAGGCAGCACUCUUUGAUCAAAUCUGGAAGCCAGAGACUUCGGAGAAUCCCUGGACUCACAGACCAAAUGUUGCAAUAGAAACUUUUUUCCCAAACCUAUAAAGCCUUAGCCCUGGUUCUCAAUGGAAUCAUAUAGGCCUGGAAGUUAUCUGAUUUUGCUUAGUAUAAAAUAACGGAUGAUGGGCCUGUAUAGCUGAAGGAAUUCUGGCCUAGGAGUCAGAGACCUGAGCUGCAGAUGUGUUUGGAUCAGACAUGGGCCACUGUGGGCCUAGGCUUUCUUAUCUGUAAAAUUGGAUCCUGGUUGUUUUUAUGGUACACACAGGCCUUUCUAUGAAGAAGUGUCACCACUUAACCCAGCCUGUAAAGAAAGUAUGUACAGCCAGCAUGGUGGCACACACCUGUAAUCCUAGCACCAUGGGAGUAAGGUAAAAGGAUCCCAAGUUCAAGCAUUG